AUUACGGGUAUCUUACCCAUUCCGGGUUUCCGUUUUAAACAGUUCCGUUCUUUCGUCACUUUUGCGCCCUCUGCACCUCUACCCACUCCACUCCCACUUCUCUCUGCUCCAAACCAAAUCAAACACAUACUUCACAAAUCCUUCACACAAACUCUUCAGCUAAAACGCCGUCGUUUCGGAGCUCAAAUACCAGCCUGUCACAGCUAGCACUUACAUACCUAUGGCAAUGUCUGUGGCCACUGAGCUCCAAUCUUCAAUCUGCGAGCCUCGCGCCGUUCUCGGCCCAGGUGGGAACAGAGUUAGGGUUUCGGAGGGACCUAAACACAAAUACGAGGGACUCAAGAAGCCACCGCAGAGGCCGAGAAAAGAAAUUCCGGAAUCGGUUGUCCGGAAAAACGUUUCGGUGGACAGCUCGUGCUCUUCAGACACCUCUUCCACUGGCUCCUCUCCCAAAACGGCCAGUCCUAGAAGGACUGUAAGGCAUAAGAGCUUGAGGCCUGCCAAGCUUGUUUCAAACGACGUCGUCAAGCCUGACGGUCCACCUAGGCGAUGUGAAUGGAUUACAGCUUACUCCGACCCACAUUAUAUUUCUUUCCACGAUGAAGAAUGGGGAGUUCCAGUGUAUGAUGAUAAGAAGCUGUUUGAACUACUCGUCCUUUCGCAAUCUCUAGCAGAACUCAGUUGGCCUGAAAUUCUUACCAGGAGGGACAUAUUCAGGAAUCUUUUUGACAACUUUGAUCCUUCAUCCAUUGCAAAGUUUGAUGAGAAGAAGUUACUGUCACUCAAAGUAAAUGGCAUCCCAAUUCUAUCCCAACAAAAGCUUCGUGCAAUCGUUGACAAUGCUAUACAAGUGGUCAAGAUUCAGCAAGAGGUUGGUUCCUUCAGUAAAUAUUGCUGGAGCUUUGUGAACCAGAAGGCGAUCAACAAUGGAGUUCGUUAUGGACGUCAAGUACCAGUAAAGUCACCAAAAGCUGAAGUUAUAAGCAAGGAUUUGAUGAAGAGAGGCUUCCGUUGUGUUGGUCCUACUGUCGUCUAUUCAUUCAUGCAAGUAGCUGGGAUUGUGAACGAUCAUCUUGUAACAUGCUUCAGGCACAAAGUGUGCGAUGUCAACGCCAAGUUCGAUCCGAAACUUGAUAUCGAGAAGUCCAAGGAUCUACCAAAGUGAAGCCAUGGAGAAGAAGACCACACGCUUAUCCUGACUAGACUGACUGAGCCAAACUUUGUUCCUCAUCACAAAAAUCUACAUAGACUAGAAAUUACUAGGGGUGGAAGCAGAUGUCUUUUUUGACUUGCCAGUCAGUGUUUCCUACUUUCAUCUUGGUGCAUGCUUUGCUCAUCUGAACCCGCAUUAUGUCUGUGACAUGAUGUAUGGAGGAGGUGGUUCAGUUACAUUAGAUGCUUGCACGUAAAAAUUUGCCAUCUUUUGUCGCGUUAAAGUGCUUGUAAAGUUGCUGUGUUUGGUCGUAUGUGUCCUGUAAUAAACGUCUACAUU